AUGCCAAAGAAGCUCUCCAAACACCCCGCCGCCAGCAGUACAACAACCCUCUCCACAACCUCCUCGACCCCGCCCUCGACGCCGGCCAUCCUCUCCGACGGCCUGCCGCUGCCGACCCUCAUCGUCUUCGACCUAGACUACACCCUCUGGCCCUUCUGGAUCGACACGCACGUGGCGCCGCCCCUCAAGGCCGACGCCGCCCACACGUCGGCCACGGACCGCCACGGCGACACCUACACCUUCUACCCCGAGGUCCCCGCCAUCCUCGCGGCGCUGUCGCGCGCCGGCGUCCGCACUGCCGUCGCCUCGCGCACCCACGCGCCGGACCUCGCGCGCGACCUGCUGCGCAUGCUGCACAUCUCGCCCGUGCCGCCAGGCGACGAGGCCGAGGGGGCCAGCAGCAAGAAGAAGGACAAGCCGAGAAAGGCGGUCGAGUUCUUCGACGGCGGGCUUGAGAUGUACCCUAGCACCAAGAUACGGCACUUUGAGGCGAUACGCAAGAGGACGGGGGUUGCGUAUGAAGAGAUGCUCUUCUUUGACGACGAGAGCCGGAACCGCGAUACCGAGUCGUUGGGCGUCACUAUGUACCUCGUGCGCGCCGGCCCGGGGUGGGUGGAGAUUGAGAAGGGCAUUCUUGAGUGGCCCAAACGACGGGGAAUUGCAUGA